GCUAACACAUGGCUUCCAUACUCAAGAAAAUAGACUGGGCGAUUAAUGCAAUUCCGUUAGGAAUGCUUAUUUUUGGAGCCAUGAUGAUUACCGCUCCAUUCAUAAUCAAAUAUCAUGGAAAUCGGUUAAAUCCAGAACCAGGUUGGUCGGGCUAUGGAAAACUGGGCGAAACGUUGAUGGAUUUGUACUGUUCGACGGAACAGUUUUCCAGCUGGGACACAUUUUGGCAAGGCAUCGUGGUUGUGUUGACCAGUUUCUUUCUUUUCACCCCGGAUACUUGUCCGUACUGGAAAACAUUUUGUUCCAUAUUUGUCUUUCUCUCGAUGGUAUCAGCGUUCACUAUUGUGACUGAGCACGCAAACACGAUGCAAAGAAUUCGACAUUACGACAUUUGGACGUGCAGUUCAGACUCUUAUCAUUACCAUCGACUGCGUUCGUGGUCCUACGUUCUAAUUAGUUCCUCGUACAUUGUCCUCUGUCUGUGCAUUGUUCAACUUGUUGCCUCAGCCGUGAGAUGGAUCUUGGAAUUGACAUCGAGAUUCGAACAUUUAAUCAUCGCGAAUAACGCCGGACAGACCGUACAGCAAAGCAAUGAUGCCGCACAAACCUCACAGCAAAGUAGUACGGCGCGUCCAUCAAGUCCAGAACUGCCAUCUUAUAUAGGCAUGAGAGUCUUACAGCCAAUCUCAUAUCAACAUUCACUGGGCGGUGCUUGCCCCUACCAUAGCCAUCAACCACCACCCACCUGUCACCAAUGCGACAGUGAAGCAUGGUACUCGUCAAGAGGUUCGAGCAGACGAUGUCACAAAAUAAUGCCAUACUAGCGCGGGCUUUUCAGUAGCGUUUAGCAGAUUAAAUUAGCGUUUAGCAGACACUAGCCCAAUAUCUAUAUGUAUACGUUAUGAUUUCUAAAAGAUCAGUCGAAUAGACCUUUUCAGAUUGUAUGCAAAUAAACUCAUUUCAAAUCACAUGGUCUGAAAUGGUAAAGUUUUAUUGGCUAUUCCAUGCAUGAUCACACAACAUCUGAAAUGGGUUAAUCUGCAUGCAAGCUGAAAAGGUCUGUAGGGUGUAAAUAUUAAAUUUGUGAUAAGAUAAAUCGUCUGAUAAAACCAAGCAGAAAACUAGAACUUACAGUGAAUCUGAGAAUUUCGACGUUUCUAAAUAAUGGCAGGAUAUUUCUUAGAAAAACAAAACCGCAACAUUACCCAUGGAUAUGUCUAAAACAUAUACCGCAGUGUCCAUCUGCAAAGCUGUCUAUAGCAAACAGGGCGUGAAAUCGUUUGUAAACUAGCCAUUCUAUCAUUGCAAUAAAAAGUUAUUUAAUGGUUCCGUGUCUGGAUGGCCUAAAUCAAAUGCGCGGGAAUAUUGCGACAGCGCGAAAGAAAAGCGCGCGAAUUAACACAUGUUGUUUUAUAAAAUAACGGCAAGGAGCCGUGGGUGCUCUAAGUUUGAUUUCAAAAAGCGAAUUAAAUUUUCGUGUUUGAAUGGCCUCACCAAACACGAGCUUCGACCAAUCAGAACACUUAUUAUUUUAUAAUACUAAUUUCAUACUCGAACGUGCCCACCAAGAUACAAUAAAAAUCAAGCAACUAUAAGCGAACACUGUUACAAUAUAGUUGUAAAAAAUAUUAUAUCCAUCCUGUUAAUAUGUGUGAACUUUGUACCAUCAUAAAUCUAUUGUAAAACUACCGGAUAUACUUAUCAUUUAAACAAAUUUAGGGAAUUGUAUG